GCGCGAUUGCUAUUGAAACCAAACAGAUUAUCAAUCUGUCACUAUCUAAAUUUAACAGAGUAACAUUUGACAAUUAAAAAUUAUAAAAUAAUAGUUCAAAGGUUAUUAUUUGCCAAUGAAUCUUUUGAUGAUUCAUGAAUAUCCAUAUAACGAAUUUUCUUGAAAUAGUUCACCGACUGACUCGACGGGUGGCUAGUAAUCAAGUAUGGCCGAGCCGUCGAUCAGUAAGGACGUGUGUCGACUCGCGCUGCAAUCUAAUUUAUUUUAAUACGUUCGCCAUCGUUUGCGGAUUAUUGUGUCAAUAUAAAAGAACAAGAGGGAAGGCUCAGGAAAACGGAGAAAGUGUUGUCAGCUCAUGUAGUAAGGCAGAAAUCGAAAAAAUGGCACCGACGCGAGUGAUCCUGAUGUCGUGUGGAAGUUAUAACCCUCCAACGAAUAUGCACUUACGAAUGUUUGAAAUUGCAAGGGACCAUUUUCAUAGAAUGGGUACGCAUAUUGUGGUGGGUGGAGUUAUUUCACCCGUACAUGAUGCUUAUGCAAAAAAGGAUCUAGCAAGUGCAAUGCAUAGAUGCGCAAUGUUGAAACUAGCAUUACAGAAUAAUGACUGGAUUCGUGUUAGCAGCUGGGAAACUAGGCAAAAUGCGUGGAUAAAAACGCGGAUAAGCCUUCAGCAUCACCAAAAUCUGUUAAACGCUAUUUUAUUUGAUACCAAUAACAUCAAGCAUCAUACUGAAAUUGAGGACUUAGAGUGGAUACCAGAAAAUGUUAAAAAUAGCUCUGAUCGUAGUCCAAUUCAAAUAAAAUUGCUCUGUGGUGCUGAUCUUCUAGAGAGCUUUGGGACUCCUGGUCUUUGGGCCGAUGAAGAUAUCGAUGCUAUAGUUGGUCAGCAUGGUCUAGUUGUCAUAACUCGAGAAGGCUCAAAUCCAAAUAAAUUUAUAUAUGACUCUGACAUACUUUCCAAAUAUAUGUACAACAUCCACAUUGUCACUGAAUGGAUACCGAAUGAAGUUAGUUCGACGAGAAUACGAAGAGCAUUAAAACGAGGUGAAAGUGUAAAAUACCUCGUCCAGGAUCUAGUCAUCGAUUAUAUUUACAAACAUGGAAUAUACAACGUAAAGUCCACGUCGACAAUUAAGUUGGAUCUGUCUUUGAACAAUGCAAACAAUUACUUACACAUUGAUCCUAAAUACCAAAACGCAUUUUUAACACCGUCGCCAAGCGACAUUACCAUGGAAUCCCCAAGUCCCAUCGAGAUCAUAUCAAUCGAUGUUCCUGAUUCCGUUCUGAAGAAGAAUCUUCAGAACACGCCGAGUUUCACCUCGAUCAGACUCGGCAGCCUCGAGGAUGUUGAGAGUGUGCGUGAGAAAUUCUUUAGUGCCAUAUCUGAGAAUGGAAACAAACUUUUACCCACGCUAAAGAUUGCCUGUCCCGGUCAGGCUAAGCAGAUUAUAGCCACCGAGACUGGAGAGUCUCAAAUUUUGAACGAGGUAGGUCUCAGCGAGGAUGCCAGGGCGACUGUAUCUCUUGCGGAAAAUAUAAAAACGUGUCAAAGUCAAGAAAACGAGAGUUGCUUAGGUGUGGACGUCAUUACAGAUGACACUUGUGAAGUCCUUGUAGAUUUGCAUGAUCCUAAUGUAUCUGAAAAAUCUUUGAGUAGUGAGAUCGUAGCGAUUCUAGAGGAUCAGGUGGACCCUAAUUACAUUGGAUUAGAGAUAGAUAUCGUUGACAAGGAUAGUUUUGAAGCUGACUCGAAAAGCUUUUACGAAGAUGCGCGCGACGAUCGUGAAAAAUCUUCAGAUCUUGAAAAUGAUCGUUCUUCCACUGAUGGGCAGAUGCUAGAUCGUAAGGAUGACAGCUUUUGCGAAACUAUUGAGGAAUUUGAUCCUGCUCAAGAUCAGUUUCCAAAUGAAGUUUCACCCAAGAGUUACAACCAUACUCUAAUCAAUAUUAUACCUGCUAGUAUUAUAUGCUCAGACAUUGAAUUUGAUACGAAUAAAAAUCUUGAUAAGGAUAUCACUUUGGAAAUUGAUUUAAGUAUGGAUUCGAUUCAGUUGAAGAAUAAGAGUCUUGUAGAUGAGAAGAAUGAACGUUUGGACGUAAUUAAACUUGCCGACGGAAGCGCGACGAACACCGAGAUAAACGAAAUAAUAUCAACAAAUCGUGAAAUUAAUACCGAUAAAAAUUUAGAGGUAAAGGUAGAGGCGUUAAACAAAGAGCAUGUUAUUGAGAAGGAUAUAGUAAAAAGUAAUUUGAAUAGUGAUAAUCCCGAUAUAGAUGGUAAAUACAUAAAAUCGUUAGUGAAUUUACGUAAAAGCCCCAAAAAAUUAAGAAACAAGAGCGCAGAUGAAAUAAUGAUAGUCAAUGAUAUCGGAAAAGUAUCUGAUAACGAUAACGUACUUGUAAGUGAUAAAUCCACCAUAACGGAAAAACUAUACAGCGAAAAAGAAACAAGUACAACGGACUCAUGUUCAACUUUAACAAAAUCAAACUCAAAAUUGGAUCAUACUGGAACUAAGCGCACGGAAUACCCGAAAGACGCUACAAAGACAAACAGUCUGAGAAAAAGAGAAUCUAUCAAAGAAAAUUUGGAAAACAGUCAACGUCAAAAUUCAAUUCUACAAGGCAGCUUGGACUCCAUUAAUAUCACCGCUUCGAAGGCAUCUAAUAAUUCCACAAGUUUUGAAUCAGUUUCCAAAAAGUCUAAAAGCUUCGAAUCAAUUAAGCACAGCGGCUCGAAAUCCUUGACGUAUAGGAGUUUCGAAAUUUCGUACAGUGACAUUUUCAAACUAAAAUCCGACAGUACAUCGCAAUUAAUCACUGCGAAUAAUUUUGACGGCCAAAGCGACGAAUUUUGCACGGAAUGUUGCUACGCAAACGAUCCGUCCUUAAAGGAAGGAAGUUUGAAUCAGGAUUUACUUUAUACACUAAGAUCAAACGGUAGUUCACCGGUAGAUGAGGAUUCCACGGAAUGCGAUAUUUGCAGCGCUUGCGAUCUUCAAGAUACUGGGGAAGUUUCUAAUUACAAAACCACGGAUCCAACUGGAACAGGUUGCGAAUUGUGCGAAAUUUGUGGCGAGGCCAAUGACGAUUUUAUAGGAGAGAAUCUACUCUUAUCAAAUAAGGAACCAUUGAAGGAUAUUUUGGAAACGGGUGUAGUACCUAAUAGAAAAUUAGCAUUGAGUUUACUAAAGGACACUUCGUCUUGUGGGGAAAAGGUACGACUCAAAUCUCAAGCUAAUGAUAGUUUCGAGAUUGAAAAUUGUGGCGUGGACUAUAUCCAUACUUUAAAGUCAGACAACGAUCAUUUCGAAAUUGAAAAUUGUGGCGCUGAUACAGACCUGAAUGGAUCUGCCGAGCACGCUAGGUGUUACGAAAAAGAAAAGAAAAAUUGUAAUAUAAAAAAAUCGGAUUUACUCAAUGAUAAAUUGAACUUUAACACAGCCGAGGAAAGUAUGCGAAAUCUUAAAUAUUUUAUGCCCAAAGAUGAGGUGGUCAUGAUGUCCAGAGGAAACAAGAGAUUGAGCAGAAAGGGUUCCUUCGUGCAAAAGGGCACCGUGGACCACGAUCAAGAGAAAAGAAGGUACUCAUCAGUGGACAAUUUGCAGUACCAGUCAAAACAAUUCCUGAAAACAUCUACCGAGAGCAAGUUCCUCAGGUCAAAGGGCACGAAAUUGAUUGCCUCUGCAGAUAAUAUUCGCAGUGACAGUACGAGAAGCAAACGCGGCAGACGAUUACAAAGAUCAGCAGAUGAUAUUGGAAAAUUUGACUCAUCUGCCGAUAAUUUAGACUCCCUGGACGAGAGUCUGGAUACUGCUGAGGAUGAAGAUGCUGGAGAUGAAAUUAAUAAUAGGAAAGCACGUGACAACGACAUGGUUAAGAUGAUUCUUACUAAGCACGGUAUUAAAAUAAUAAGUGAGAAGGAAACGGUUCUCUAAUUACGAUCAAUAUAAUUAAUGCGUUAUCGUUAUCAUAAGACAAGUCAUUAACAUCAAAGACAAAUUUACUGAUAUCAUGAAUCUUAAUAGUUCAACCGAAGAUAUCAUCUUGAUCUGUACGAUGAAAAUAUGAAAUAUUCUAUAGUUAUCAGAAUGAAUCCCUCAUCUUUCGUGAUGAUUUAUCAAUGAUUAAUUAAAAUUUUGAUCAAUAUCAACGUAAAGAUCAUUACUUAUUAGUAUAUUACUAUAUCUCAAUCAUUAUUCCAUCACGAAAGACCAUCCAGUUGUAUUAACAUUUUUGAUAACUAUUUUCGUGCCAAUACAACACUGAUGCAUAAUAACAAUAUAUAUUUAACAUACGUCUAAUGCAUCAACACCGGGAUGGAGACUGUCAUAUGUUGAUAUGAAUUAUUACAACAUAUCACAGUACUGUUAAAUGCAGUUUUCCUCUAACCGAAAGUACGUUCACGUCGAACGCGAAGAAACAGUCAAUAAUUAAUAAUGAAUUAAAAUGUUAGAUUGUUCAUUCUAAUUAAUGUAACAUAGAUAUAUUGCCAAAGUGCAUGCGAUCUGUCAAUGUCACAGGCACGUGUUGUGUGCACAUGUGAAUCAAGUCGUUAAGACAAUCUUACGGACAUACACAGCCUGUUCACGUAUAUGUCGUUGAAAUUUAAGAAAACAGUAAUAACCGAAAAUAAUUUAUGACAAAUGUUAAACACACUCAACCGCGACGCAUCUAUUGAAAAUAUAAUUCAUUCAUGUCGCGGUCGGGUCAGUGUUCAACCGUUAGACUGAAUUUCUAUUGAAACAUGAUAUUUAGGGAAAGCUUCCAAAAAUGUUAAACCGUUAGAUAACUCGACGACUCAAUGGUUGAUGUAUUAAUUAUCUAAGCCACAGUAAGAUGAACAUUACGAUCUAAACGCUUCCCAAUUUUGCUAUUAUUACAAUUAGCAUUUAUAACAUGAACAAAUUCUGACAGUAUUACAUUCCAGUAUGGGGAUGCGUACGGACUUCGAUCAGAUUGACAAAUGUGGAUAUUAUUUAGUAUUGGUGCUAUUAUUACAUACUUGCUAUAGAUAUACCAUUAAAACGUAAAUGCAAUUGUAUUUAAUGCGUACAUCGAAAUCUUCGCGCAAUCCCAAACAAGUCCAAAUUCUUUGAUACAAAUCAUGAUACACGCUAGUUACUAUUAAGAUAGAGGAUAGUGACUUUUUGUUGUUAGCAACCAAUUUUUUUUUUAGUGCAUGCCCUAUUACGCACUAUAAUAAUUUCACGCUUGAGGCAUCCUUCUUAGACAUGUUUCGACCCUUUGUCGUUUUACUGUCAGCUUUUUAGCAGCGUUUCAAGUUAUUUACUUUGACGUAUAGUCGUUACCUUUUUAUAGGUGAAAUUUAAUGGGAAAAUACAAUAUUUUCAAUACAAAUUUAUAAUGACAUUGAAUGAUUUAUCGAAUCGAUGCAAUUUUAGUUAAAUAAUAUAAAGUUCCUAUUUCGUUUCGAUCUUUCCAAAAUAAAAUUCUCUUCCAAAUGAUCUCGUGAGUGGCACUCGAAAAAAAAAAAAAAAAUACUAUUUUAUAACCCAUGUCGUAAAGACAGUAAUAAUUUACUUCCCGUAAAUCGAAAUGAUUUUAGAUUUUAUGGGUAGUAAGCCAUAAAUUAUUUUACGCUUUGUCUAUUGUUGCGCGCGUAUUAAGUUCCUUCUGUGUCUAUGAAUUUUCUCAUUAAUAGAGAAAAAAAUCUUCUGGCCUACGUAACUUCUCCCAUGCAAUCGUAAACUCGUCCGUUACACAAUUUACUUUAUAUCCAACAGCUUAUGGUUUAACGUAAAUUUAGUAAAUCGAUUUACAGUAUAAUGAUUUUAUAAUUGUUAAUUUUGUGACCUUAUCAAUAAUAUAUAAUUACACCUACGCCGCUCUCGUAUUCACGUGAAUUAUCUUUCCCUUAGUUUCUUUAACACCUCCCGUCCUGGCUCUUCUCCUUCGAGUAAUAUAGUACAUACAUACAUACGUCUAAUACAUAAUUAUAUUGGCACGAUUGCGUAGGAGAAGUUGACGCGUGGUUCUGUUCUGACGC